AUGGGUCGAAGCCCUUGUUGUGACAAGAGCAAAGUGAAGAGAGGGAGUUGGUCUCCUGAAGAAGAUGAAGCUCUGAAGAGCUAUCUCCUCAGACAUGGCAGCACUGCUGGGAAUUGGAUUACUUUGCCACAAAAAGCUGGUCUUCGUCGUUGUGGAAAGAGUUGCCGUCUCAGAUGGCUUAAUUACCUAAGGCCAGAUAUUAAGCACGGCGCUUUUACGCAAGAGGAAGAUGUUAUUAUUUGCGACUUAUACAACAAAAUUGGAAGCAGAUGGUCCGUGAUAGCCUCAAAACUGGAAGGGAGAACAGACAAUGAUGUGAAAAACUACUGGAACACAAAGUUGAAAAAGAAGGUCUUAUCAUCGACUCCCACUAAUUGUAAUCCCCAAAAUGCCCCUCCGACCGUCGGCGUCGACCAGACCACUUCCUCGACUAAUUACGACCUCGUCGUCGGUCUUCAAGGCUCAGCUGCUGAUAAUAAUAAUACUUUCGAAUUUUCCGAAUCCGCGCACCAAGAAUUAUUAAUUAGCAAUUUUAAGCCAUUUGGUGAUGGUGGGAUUUCAGCUGAGGAUGAACAUUCAUGUGAAGUUAUUAUGAGUGGCAUUUGGUCUCAAGAUGAACUACCUUUUGGAGUUGGAGGUGAUGAUAGUAAUGCAGAUUUGUUCAGCAUUUUCCCAUGUUAA